AUCUUUUCCUCCAAGGAGAGCUCUUUCAUGCAGCUUUGGAGUCUCUAUUCCUGUCUGAAAAGACAGCAGCUAAGGAGCAGAGAGAAGAUGUUGCUCUUUCCGGCUACCUAUCAAGUGUGCAACGGGUCUUAGAAGAUAUCAGUGAAGUGCAAGCUCUGGAGAGUGCAGUUCAGCACGAGACCCUGCAGUAUCUGGGCCUGGUAGACUGUGUGGCUAAGUACCGAGGCCAGUUGUGUGUGAUCGACUGGAAAACUUCAGAGAAACCAAAGCCAUUUCUGAAGAAUACUUUUGACAACCCGUUACAGGUUGCAGCAUAUAUUGGAGCCAUAAAUCAUGAUGCCAAUUAUGAGUUCCAGGUUAGGUGUGGACUCAUUGUGGUUGCCUACAAGGACGGCUCCCCUGCACAUCCACAUUUCAUGGAUCCUGCUCUGUGCUCAGAGUACUGGAACAAGUGGCUGUUGCGUCUUGAAGAGUACAUGGACAGAAAGUGACCCAAACUAAGCUGUGCAGAGGCAAGUGGUCUGAACACAGAGCCAAAGCAAGAACCCUUUGUUUAAAU